AUGACGUUACUGCUAACUCAGGAAAGAAUUGUCAAACUUCUUCAAAUUACCUGCAAUUCUAAGGAAUCGCAGUAUUUAAGCUUCACCCAAUGUAAACUGGAGCAUAAGAGGGGAGACGUUUAUGAAGUGACCGUAGCGAUUACAUUGCACCAAGGGCCAAUAAAUAAUGUAACGCUUAUAGGCAGCAUUGUGAAGAGUGGCUAUGAGAGUCGACAACCUAUGCUGGAAUACAAAAUCGAUUGUUGUGCCUUUUUUCGUAACAAGCGUCGGAGUUUUAGUGCCAAAUUGGCAUAUGAUAUUAUGGGACUCGAACGAUACAGCAAUAUGAAUCACAGCUGUCCAUAUGAUCGCGAUUUGCUUGUAGAUCAUUACCCAUUCAAUGGCAGAAGGGUGGGUAGAAUGACGCCAUUUGGCAGUGGUAUAUUCACCUUCUCCACAAAAUGGUAUCUUUAUAAUAUAUUGAGAGCUGUGGUUGAUAUACGUUUCCAAGCAAUUGAUAGAUAA